AUGUCUACUACCAGUGGUGCCUCUACAGGUAUCCUUGACCUGUCCGAGGAUUUACACCUUUAUCUUUGCCAAAGCCUCUACCCACGGCAUAUCAACAAUCUAGCCAGAACAUGCAAGCAAUUACACCACCGUUUGAACCCAGAACUAUGGAAGCUAGGAACUGCCACGCCCGAUGGCAAGGAUGAAAUCCUUUACCAUGCAGCAUUAACAGGUGAUCUGGCUCUUUUACAGAAGUUAACCGAUGAAUAUAAGCUUGACUUCGACCGUCUCAACAUGCAACGUGCGAUACGAAACGCAGCAAAGGGAAGCCACGAAUCUGUGAUCACUUAUUUAUUAUCGACAUUUGGCAAAUACGGAGAUGCUGCAGAUCUGGAUUUAUCGGAGUCUCUGAACCUGGCUGCUAAGAAUGGAAAUACACGGAUAGCACAGCUACUUCUUGACCAUGGGGUUUCUGUUAGGGAUAAAGCUGGAACUCUGCGCACGGCAGCGGACAAUACACAUGCGGAAGUUGUGGAUGUCCUCUUGAAUAAACAGGACCCUGAUAUUGCGGAAAUAAUCUCAGCCUCAGAUUCAAGUGUCGUAACGUGUGCGCUCGAUCUACGUACGUUGCAAUUGACAGGUUCAGAACUGAGUGCAGGUGCAAUCCCUGCAAAGGUUGAGCCAACCAUUGCAAUACUUCUCAAUCACGGGUUUGAUCUUGAAAGUAAUACUGAAUUUGGGCUAACACCGCUGAUGUGCGCUGUCUACAAGGGCCAUCCAUGGGCUGUCGAGAUGCUCCUGUCUCACGGAGCCAGUACGACGGUAAAGUGUCCGCGAGGGUCGACGGUGCUUCAUUAUGCCGUUGGACUGCCGGGCAAGGAACAAAGAAUUGAAAUAGAGCAGCUUCUGCUUCAAUAUGAGGCUGAUAUUACUUGCAAAAAUGAGAACGGAACAACACCACUCAGCCUGGCAGCUGAGUGUCAGCGCCUCGAUUACCUCCGCUUGAUGGUUCCAAGUCUUUCUACCCUGUCUACUCUCGAUGAACACAGAGAGAAAUUCCUUUGUCUGGCAGCCAGGAAGGGUGAUGUGGAUUGGGCGUCAGCACUAAUUCGACUAGGAGCAGACGUCAAUAAAAUCCAGUCAAUCGAGCGUCAUAUAAGCGCGCACCGUUCUGGGAUAGAUGUGUUAGCAGAGAAGGCCAAACUGGCACAGAGAAAAUCCACGGACCAAGAUCCCGAAGACAAAACCUGA